AUGUUGGGGAAGUUUGCGGUGUCCACUGCCUUUGCCGUUGCGUACGCCUACACAGCAGAGCUGUACCCCACUGUGCUGAGGAACACGGCUGUGGGCGCCUGCUCCACGGCCUCCAGAAUUGGCAGCAUUAUUGCUCCAUACUUCAUUUACUUACGAACCUACUCUGUGUCUCUGCCAUACAUCAUAGUGGGAAGCCUCACAGUUUUGACUGGACUGCUGAGUCUGCUCCUCCCUGAGAGCUUUGGGAUGCCGCUGCCUGACACCAUCAGCCAAAUGCAAAGGUUUCCUGGAUGUUGCCGGAAAAGACCUUACGUCCUCACCAACACUGAGGCAGAGGAAAACGCUGCUGAAGAAAAGUCUCCAGCCAGACAGCUGUAAAUUCUGUGGAGUAAAAACUGCACAGAAAAGAUGUAAAAUAACAGAUUCAGGUUACGGAAAUCUGCUGUUCUAUACAUAAACAAUGGGUUUACUUAAAGAGUCUUCUAAUUCUGAGGUUGCACUAGACACUUUUGUUAAAAAAGACAAAAGAACAGUCCUUUCUAAACCCUUUCUCCUCUCUUUCUUCACAUACAUAGAGAACCCAACUGAAUAUGUUGUAGUGAUGAACUCAGGGAGAACUGAGGAUGACGUUUCCUUAAGUUCACAAAUUUUAAGACACAGAAACUUUUGUUUAACAUAAACAGCAAUAAAACUAUUGAGGAAGGAAAUGUAAAAAAAAACAACCUGAAUUUAAAGCUGAACCAGCAACACUCAGUCACAGAGGACUGUCUGGUAACACGACUGGUUCUGAGGCUUCAGUUUUUUGGAUGCAGGGACAUUUGGACCUGUGGUGGAAAAACAAGACAAGUGAGCAAAAGCAAGCUGAAUUCACCGUACUCCAUUCACAACUUAGUCCUAACUCUAACCCCUGACCCCCUUGUGGGGACCAGGCUUGGGUCCCCACAAGGAGCAAUUGGUUCCCACAACGUAGUAUGUGUCAUGAAAAUCGUCCCCACAAGGAAUUACAAACAAACGCACGCAUACGCACGCACGCACACACACACACACACACCUACACACACACGCACACACACACACACCCGCACGCACGCACGCACGCACGCACACACGCACACACACACACCUACACACACACACACACACACGUUUCUGUGAAAGUUUGCAGACAAAAUUGCAGCCAACAUUUAGAGGUGGAGCAGCCAAUAGUUGUUUACAUCACACCCUGUGCUCCAGCGCCAUCCACUGGUUGAUUGUCAUCAUUACAUAUUAUCGACUGAGUGUGAUGCAAAUUUGUUAAGUUACAAAUAUCUAAAUAAAAAAGCAAUUUUGUUAUUUUU